UGCUGCUGCGCAGGUGUUUGAGCGGGCAGGUAACUUUUCCGACCCCGCCUCCAGAGUCCAGGGACCGCCGCAAAGCUCAUCCUUCGUAGGAGAUACGGGAAGUAUGCGAGACGGCCUCAGUAACAGGAAGAAGCAGCGAAGGAAAGAAGCAGAAUGCAGCCUCCACCGAGGAAGGUAAAGGCCACCCAGGAUGUGAAGUUAGCCUUUGCUGAGCAAGUGAACAAACUUCAAAAUAAGAACCAGCAGGAGACUGAUCUUCUGGAAGAGCUAAGGUCUUUCAGUAAACAGAGAGCUACAAUCGAGAAAGAAUAUGGCCAGGCUUUGCAGCGGCUGUCAUCCCAAUACAUGAAGAGAGAUUGGAGUCGGGGCAAAGCAGAGCCGGGUGGCAACGGAAGUGUUUAUACCUUAUGGAGGUGCAUAGUAGAAGCCACUGCGCAGAUGAGUGUCUCCAGGACCAACGCAGCGGAGAAUUAUCGCUCUCUCAGCAAUGAAGCCGCAAAAACUCUGCGGGCUGCGAAAGAGCAGCGACUAAAGAAAAGCUUGGAGCAGAUGCAGCGUGUUCAGGGUGAAUUGGUGGAAGAAGUCCGAGAUCUUAACAAAAUUAAGAAGAGGUAUUGUCAGUUACAGCGCAUAGCCGACAUCGCCUGCGAGAAAGCGUCUGACGCCCAAUCCAGAUCAAAGAGAAAUGAUCAUGGAAUUUUCCACUUUCGCACGACUUUGCACAAACUGAACACCAAGUUGAGCGCCCGGCUAUCCGAGUGUAACCUGCAGCUCACAGAAGCUCGUAAUGAGUAUCUCUUGACUUUGGCUGCUGUCAACGCUCACCAAGAACAUUAUCAAGCGACUAGUUUGCCUGCUCUGAUGAAGGCUCUGGAUGGAGACCUGUUUGACCGACUGAGGGAUCAUUUCACUUUGCUGAGCCAGACAGAGCUAGACACCUGUCAAGCAACACAGACCUUCUUCUGCAAGAUCUUAAAUAACUCCAAUCAGGUAUCCAGAGACCAAAACCUUCAAAUCUUCCUGCAGGAUAAUCCUACAUUUUUCAAAGCUCCAGCCUUCACCUUCCAGGCAGCUCCAAAUGAUAAGGUUGGCAGUCUGGUUCACCAAAGCAGCGGGCAAGGUGAGAGUUGCCUUGAAAAAGAAGCAAGAAAAUGGGCAAGCAAAGCAGCCAAAGGUUACAAAAUUGCCACUCAUGGUGAAAGAGUACUUCAGACAAUGGACAAGCGAAAAAAGCAGGUCUCCGAGGACGAGGCAGCCACCUUGGAGCUGAGAAUGGAAGAAGUAAGGGAGAGCAUUCGCAAAGCACAGGUAGACCAGCUGAAAGCAAACGCAAGACUGGACCUCCUGCGAUCGGCUGGUGCGGAUGUGGACCCUUGGGUAGCGAGCUCGUUUAGCCAGGCCAAUGAAGAACUAGAGAAGGAGAGGCGAAUGAGUGAAGCAAGGCUGUCUAAUGGAGAUAUCUCCCCAAUGGGGGCUCAGUUGGAAUUCACGGAUUUUGAAGAUUUUGACGAUGCAGCAGAGACCUUUACAGAUUCGCCUUCAAAGCCCGCCUGUCACAGCUACCCUCUGCCUUGUCAGGUGCUUUAUAGCUACCAGGCUUGCCAGGCAGAUGAGUUAUCAAUCACAGAAGGUGAACACCUAGAAAUUAUUGAGGAUGGAGACAUGGAAGACUGGCUGAAGGCAAGAAACCAAGCAGGACAAGUCGGAUAUGUACCUGAGAAAUAUCUGCAUAUACUGAGUGUGUCAGCCAGAGAUGUUUCAUCACAGAAAGUUCCGGAGAGCUCCCAUUUUGACCAGACUUCGGAUAUUUCCGAGAGUUCACAGGGGUCCCAGGAAUACAGAGGACUAGCAAGGGCACUUUAUGAAUACUGUGGCCAAAGUGCAGAGGAGCUCUCCUUCCCAGAAGGAGCAAUAAUACGUCUGCUUCGCAGCAGAGAUGGGGACGUGGACGAUGGCUUCUGGGAAGGGGAAGUGAAUGGAAGAAUUGGGGUAUUCCCCUCCCUAGUUGUAGAGCUGUUAGGUGAGGGAGAUGAAGAUGAGGAAGAGGAACUGUCUUCUCCCACACCUCCUCCCUUUUCUCCUCCGUUCUCUGGUCCUGGAGGAGCCACUUCUCCUGUACGAUUAACAUCAUCUGCAAGGAGCACUCCGACUCGAGGACUAGAGGAGAGACUGCAAAUGACAUCCCUCGAUAGCCUCCGAAUAAGUGACAGCAAAACAGAAUGCGGCAGCAGUGCCCACAGCUCGCCCGAUCUUUCUGUUCGAAGACUUCGGCCGAUGCGUGCCCCCCCCUUGCCCCCUGGGAUGCAGAACGAGCCCUAGUUCUCUGAAAAGGCAAUCAAAAUGGCGGCUGCUUUUGUGUGUCUGUUUGAUGCUCUCACCACACAGACAUGGAAUACGAGACAUUUGUGCGGGAGCCGUAUGCAGUAUUCAUUUCUUUUUGUGUGGUUUGUAUUUGGGGUCAAUUGAGGAAGAGGAGGAGGAAUACUGAUAACACUUGAAGUAAUUGCUUUUGCUGCAUUCAGCUUUCUAGCUUGACAUCACCAUUUGAGAUUGUUGAAGGCGCUUACUGAAGCUGUGCAGGAGCCUGCUGUUUCCACUAAGAACACAGGCAGGGAUGAUGUAAGAGUUUGCAUGAGGCUUUGGAUGGACGCAUAAUCGUUUAUAAGAUUUCCUAGCAGUAGCUAAUCCUGUGAUUUAGAAAAGAGGUUUUAUGUAUUGUCAUAGCCACAGAAUGUGUUUUCCAUCUUUUUCAUCUUCAUGCACCUUUUCCCUUUGUGAAAGAAGAUCUCCAUGCACAGUGCUGAAGCUUUGUUUGAGUAUGCGGCUGAAAAAUUUGACCUGAAAAUGGCAUCAGCUGAGAAGAGGAUUCAGAUGGAUCUUGUCAUCUCAAAUACAGGUGGACAUUUAUAAAGUUGUAAAGGGGACAUCUCAUUUUUAAAAUGACAUAUUCUGGUGUGCAAACCCAACAGCUAAUAUUGUUUGAAUCUGUAAAGGCUCUGCGUUUAUUGGGAUUUAUCUCUUUGAACGCCCAACUGAUGAUGCACAAGAAUGUAUUCACUGGUUGUGAAUUGACGUUUCUCACUGUCACUGUGUUGUUGCAGUUUUAUGUCUGUCACGUGUGUUAAAUAUUCGCUUUAUGUUGUAUAAGUUUAUAUGUAGUAACACCCAGGUUCAUGCCUUCACACGUUGGCUCCUAUUGUUUUAUGAUAACUUAUUAUAUUUGAAUAUUUAUGUUUUUGUCUAAGCUUAGAGAUACUGUUCUGUUGUAUGUUCUUACAGUCUUGAACAUGUCAUUGGGUAGUUGGUUGGUUGGUC